CCGGGUCCUGGAGAUAAGAGUGUCCUGUCCGGGACAGCAGGUGUGGGUUUCCCAGCCAGGGCAGGACAGAGUCCCGCCGAGAGUUACCUCCGCCCCAAUGUUUACAGAGGCAGCUGCACCCAUGUGUGACCUGGAGUCGGGCAGCGUCAAGGUGAAGGAGCCCAGCAACAGGGGCCGGUGGCAUGGGUGCUGGUACGAGCGGUUGGUGCAGCCCUGCCUGGUGGAACUGCUGGGCUCUGCUCUGUUCAUCUUCAUCGGCUGCCUGUCGGUCAUUGAGAACGGGCCGGACACCGGGCGGCUGCAGCCGGCGCUGGCCCACGGGCUGGCCCUGGGGCUGGUCAUUGCUACGCUGGGGAAUAUCAGCGGUGGACACUUCAACCCUGCGGUGUCCCUGGCAGCCAUGCUGGUCGGAGGCCUCAAGCUGACGAUGCUGUUUCCCUACUGGAUCUCCCAGCUGUGCGGGGGGCUGAUCGGGGCCGCUUUGGCUAAGGUGGUGAGUCCAGAGGAGAGGUUCUGGAAUGCGACCGGGGCGGCCUUUGUGACAGUCCAGGAGUCGGAGCAGGUGGCUGGGGCAGUGGUAGCGGAGAUCAUCCUGACGACACUGCUGGCCCUGACCGUGUGCAUGGGCGCCAUCAACCAGAAGACGCUAGGUCCUCUGGCCCCAUUCUGCAUCGGCUUCUCUGUCACCGUGGACAUCCUGGCAGGGGGUGCUGUGUCUGGAGCGUGCAUGAAUCCUGCCCGGGCCUUUGGACCUGCCAUGGUGGCCAACCACUGGGACUACCACUGGAUCUACUGGCUGGGGCCCCUCCUGGCCAGCCUGCUUGUAGGAGUGCUCAUCAGGUUCUUCAUUGGAGAUGCGAAAAUUCGUCUAAUCCUAAAGGGACGGUGAGGCUGAGAUGGUGGAAUUCCUGCUGCCCUAGGAACCCUCGGUGGACCCAUCCUGGACCACAGACCAGACACCUCUGAAUUUCCUGCCGGGGCAGAGCCUCCAAGAAGUGACUGACAUGCUUCCCCUGACUUGGGCCUGGCUUCUCAGAGGUGCUAGGUCCUUCGCAUUCCUUUGUGCUCAUCAGACACUUCAGCCUAGGGAAUGUGUCGCCAGCGCCACCUAGAGGGAGGUAGGAACAGCACAACAGAAGCGCUUCUGCCAGGGAAGGUCCCAGGAGCAGAAGAGGUGACUGUCAGUGUGCCUCUGGUCAUUCCCCUCAUCCCCUUUCUCCUCUUGUUCCCUGAUUUCUCUGUUACAAAAGGGCCUUCUGUGGUCUGUUUCCCUGCUGCCUGAGCUGUCAGUCCAGAUUUUCAAUAAAUAGUCCAAUAUUUCCUUCUGUGUGCCCACUGGCUGGCCUUUCCUUUCAGAAAUGGACACUGCUAGGGAGGAAGCAAAAGUCCAGGCUGGGCCAGACCCACGGGAACUCAGUCUGGAGCUAAGUCCAUUCUAGAGUCCUGUUUGGACUCAAAAUUUGUUCCAGAUCACAGACCUCAAGACCCUGCGGAAAAGCCCGUUGCAGACUCGAGGGUCUGGUUUAGUUCCCAGGGCUGUCCAGGACAUGAAUCUACCCACUCAUGGCACUUUAGCUGAGGAUGAGGGUGGAUAUGGGGGAGGCUCAGAGCUGCAAGGAUUUCCCAAGGAAAUAUGUAGUGUGUCAUAGCACAAGUCUAGGGAGACAGAGGUAUUUGAUGAAAGAUGAGUAUAAAGAAGAACUAAAGAUAAAAAAGAAUAAAACGACACAUUCCAAACUUCAUACCUUA